AUGUUUGGGAAUCUUACGUUUGUCUCUGUGUGUUACAGGCACUCUUGUCAUCAUGUUUAUUGUUCAGAAGAGAUCUCCUCUGGCCCAGGACUCCCUGCACAGGAUGACAGCCGUUACACAGCGCAGGAAUCAGGGGCCGACGACAAGGUUGAAGAGGAAAGGGCGACACACACUCAGUCAUCGUACGACGUGGGUCUGGAGACAGAGAGAGCUGCACUAAAGGAAACAUCAUUGCACUCACAAGACGCCCUGCACGAAGAGAAGCACAAACAGACUGUGAAUUUGGAAGAAGUGUUGGAGGAGCCGCAGAUUCAGCUUGUGUCUGCUCUCCCUGAGCUAGAACAACAACAACAACAGCAGCAGCAGCAGGAGCAGCAACCAGAACCCCAGAGCACCCAACAAUCAGACCAACAACAGUCAGCUCAGCCACCAACACUUACACAGCCCCAAACAGCAACACCACUCUCCCAGCCCCAGCCAGACCCUGAAACUCCACAGGCCACUGCCACAGAAGACCAGGCUGCCCACGCCUCCGCUACUUUAACCCCUCCACAGACUGACCCACACGGAGAAGACCCAUCCGCACCUCCUGCUGAACUCCAGAAGAGCCCAGAGUCAGCCUCACCUACCUCAGUCACCUCCGAGGAGAGCUCCUCCAGUGGACUAGAUGUUCUGCGUCCUGAUGGCCCUGUAGAGAACUCUAGUGCCAGUCAGUGUGAGGUGGGCCCUGUGCCCCCCUUCAGCCAGUCCCUUGGCACCACACUCACCAGUUUUGUGGAGGAACAUGUGGAGGAACAUGUGGAGAAGCAAGCAGAGAACCAGUCUGCCACAUUGGGAGUACAGAGUACAGAGACCAGUGCUGACCCGACUGCCACUCUGCUCCCGAGUGAGCUGGACCUCACAGAGCUGGGGCAGACAACCAGUAUCCCUCCACCUACAAAAAGCCAGCAGGUGGUGGACCAUGAGGGAGCAACAGACCCUCCUGUACCCAGUAAAGAGGACAUCCCCACUUUUGAUGAGUGGAAGAAGAAAGUGAUGGAAGUAGAGGAGAAGAAAAGUCAGUCUCUGCACACUUCAUCAAAUGGCAGCCCUCAUCCAGUCAAAAAGGUCCAAAAGAAUUUCAAGAAUAACUACGCUUCUGUCGAAUGUGGGGCCAAAAUCCUCUCGGCCAACAAUGAGGCCAAGAGCACAUCUGCCAUCCUGAUGGAGAACAUGGAUCUGUACAUGCUGAACCCCUGCAGUACCAAGAUCUGGUUUGUUAUUGAGCUCUGUGAGCCAAUCCAGGUGAAGCAGCUGGAUAUUGCAAACUUUGAGUUGUUCUCCUCUACACCAAAAGAUUUCCUUGUGUCUAUAAGUGACAGGUAUCCGACCAAUAAGUGGAUCAAGCUGGGCACCUUUCACGCCCGUGAUGAACGCACAGUACAGAGCUUCCCUCUGGAUGAGCAACUCUAUGCCAAAUAUGUCAAGAUGUUCAUCAAAUACAUAAAGGUUGAGCUACUCUCCCACUUUGGCUCUGAACACUUCUGUCCACUCAGCCUGAUCAGGGUGUUUGGCACCAGUAUGGUGGAGGAGUAUGAUGAGAUAGCUGACUCUCAGUACACGUCAGAGAGAGCCGAGUAUCUUGAUGAAGACUAUGAUUACCCACCCGGCUACCUGCCGUCAGAGGACAAGACAUCGAAGAAUCUGCUGGGCUCUGCUACAAACGCCAUCCUGAACAUGGUAAACAACAUCGCAGCAAAUGUGCUAGGAGGGAAACCAGAACUAGAGGACGGAGCUGAAAUGGAAGGAAACGUUUCCUCUGGGACAGAAAACGUCACCCAGACGUCAACAGAAACCACACUCACGCCAGAACCUACUGAACAGCCCUCUACGCUGGAUGUUCUUGAGCUGGAUCCCACUCUAGUGAAGGAUGACUUAGAGGUUCCUGUUCCUGAGGCUCCUUCAGAACCUCCACCUGAGAAGAGCCGUAUCGUCAUCCUCAUCGAGGAGGACGAAGAGGCCACUCAGCCAACGGUGACCCUGCUGGAGGAGGAGCAAGAGGAGGAGAAAAGUACAGAGGAGAUGUGGGAGCGGGAGAGCGCCACAUACUGCGGCCACCUCUCCACUUUGUCCUGUUUGGCAUCUUUGCACGAACACUUCUGCUGCUACUGUUCAGCAGCAUUAGCACUACAGCGCCAGUGUAGAGACCAGCGCCACAAAGCACAGCACACACACACCGACACAGACACUCAAACCACCCCUCAGCAGUCCCUCCCUGACACCACCCCAACCCAAGAGCCCCCUGUGCCCUCCGAGAAACUUCCAGAAACAGAGCAGCCCUCUCAGGCACAAGCUGAGAGGAUUUCCCCUACUGAAACGGUGGCUUCUCCGCCUCAGUCCUCCAGUGGGGAAUCUGCCGUCACAGAUCAGGAGCUCCCACCUGAGACCAUUCUGUUAGAGCCUAGUCGUACCUCCACCCUUCCCCCACACAGCUUCUCCGACACCCCCACCCAAAACAUCCCAGAGUUCCCACCCACGGGAGAGCCUGUGGAUCAGCGUCCGCAGUACCUGGAUGACAUCCCAGAAACCCGUACGCCUGUCAGCAGCACCAGCAGCCUCCUCUCUCCCAGUGCCGCCUCCUCUCCGCUCUCUUCCACCACCACCACUGAACCCCACAGCCCAGAGACGGACCCUCCCAAACUGGAGCUCCCCGUCGCCACCAAAGAGCAGACGGUUCAGCCGUUGCCCACCCACACUCGCCCCGCUGAUAUCCCACCUCCUACUGAACUUCCCAUCCCGCUUCCAGAGGCCUCGGAUAUCGGCAGGACUGCAGGGGUUGAAGAUCCUCACCACAGUGCUGUGUCCUCCCAGCCAGAGCUUUCUGAAGCCCCUCUGUCUCAACAAGAGGAGACUGUUGAUGACAUUCUGCUACCGCACCGCACCGUCGGAGAGUUUUACGCAGAGCAGCAGCAUUCGGCAGAAAUGGGCCACGGGAAUGGAAACGGCAACGGGAAUCAGGUGCACGGAUCCAACCAGAAGGAAUCGGUGUUCAUGAGAUUGAAUAACAGGAUUAAAGCACUAGAAAUGAACAUGUCGCUCAGCAGCAGAUACCUGGAGGAGCUCAGCCAGAGGUAUCGUAAACAGAUGGAGGAGAUGCAACGGGCUUUCAACAAGACCAUCAUCAAACUGCAGAACACCUCCAGAAUCGCAGAAGAGCAGGACCAGAAACAGACAGAGUCUAUACAGCUGUUACAGAGCCAGCUGGAGAAUGCCACCAGGAUCAUGCUGAACCUGUCUGCCACAGUUGCUCAGCUACAGCGAGAGGUGUCUGACAGACAGAGUUACCUGGUGCUGUCUCUGAUCCUGUGUCUGACGCUGGGUCUGCUGCUCUGUAUGCAGUGCUGCAGGAGCUUGCCCAGUCACAACACCAGCUCAACCAUUCCCAUGAGCAACAACUACCCCAGCCCUAAGAGGUGUUUUUCCUCAUAUGAUGAUAUGAGUCUGAAACGGAGAGUUUCUUGUCCUCUCAUUCGUUCAAAGUCAUUUCAACUGCCCACGUCAGAAGUAGGUCCUGAUGACUUGUACAUUGUAGAACCUCUAAGGUUUUCUCCAGAGAAAAAGAAGAAACGCUGCAAGACAAAAGGAGGGGACAGAGUGGAGACGCUCCAGGCCUCCGUCCCCUCAGCGACGAGUGUUAACGGUGAAACAUCAUCACCUUCUCUUCAAUUCCUGCCGUCAACGUGCAACAGCUACGCAUCCACCUGCUCAUCCAGGGACUGUGUGUCAGAGGGCAGCUCCGAGAGCUCCGCUUCCACACUGUCUGAGGAGUCCUUCAGCAGUGCCCCCUCCAUGAACGGACACGACCCCACCCUGUGCAACGGCGAGCCGCCGCCGGCCAAGAGCAAGAUGGAGAAGAGGUCUCUGAAACGCCGCAAGUCCAAGAACGCUGAGCAGCAGGAGGCCCGACGCGUGGGGGAGAUACUGCCACUUCCUGUGACCGUCGUGCCCACGCUGGAGGAGCUCAUGAAGGGAAAGGCAGACCUGGGCAUGGCCACAUUCGGAAGGACAGCUGUAACGGGACGAGUUUGAGUUUUCACGCCACCAUCUUUCUUUUUCUUAUUCCAGCUUUUCGAAAUUUCAUUGUGAGCGCUGAUCCUGACGCCGUCUUCACUACAUCCUGGUUCUCUGAACUUUGGUUAUGUGCCUUUUUUAUCCAAUCAGGAUCGUUUUUUUUCUUUUAUUUUAUUCUUCUGGGGAAGUUCUGACUGAUAAACAUUGGCAAGUAUGAAUGAGACUUGGUUUGAUGUUGCAGAGGUGGCGCUGCGUCACCGUGACCAGGAGUUUAUGCCGAUUUACAGAUGGCAGACCAACAACAUUCUAACAUGACCCUCGGGUCUCCAUUUCCUCUUUCUCUGUCCCUUUAAGGCUCACUCGCUCUUUUUUCCUUCCUGGUUGGAUAUGUAAUUGUACAUGUGAGUGUGUGUGACUGUACGCCAGUCAUUGUCUGUGGUUGGUUUGUGGGACCAGUGAUGUCACAUAGCACAGGGCUUCAAUCCAGUGAACAGAGCUGAAUGAAAAACAGAUCCAGUCCAUGUUAAUUCUGUCAUUUUCUCUUUUAGAGCCAAAUUAAGUUUUUUUUUUUUUUUUCCCCCCCCUCUACUAUUCGAAUCACGAUCUAGUUUGACCAAUGAGUCCAGGCUGGGCCUGAACACUCACACACACACACACACACACACACACACAUAUUCAUAUAUCAACAUGUUCACAUUGUGACGCACCCAACAGCAUCUCAAGCAUGUUUACAGCUCAUUUUCUUCAUGUUCAGUGGAGCCGUCAUAAAAAAAGACACAUUUUUACACGCUUUAAAUAUACACGGGGAUUUUGUAGGGGACAUUCUGUUAUUUUAGUGGUAAUUAUUUAUGUAUUUAUUUAUUUAAAUGGGACCUGGGCUCUAUGAGAUCACGGUCAUGUGAUAUAUGAGAUACAGUGGCCCCUCCAACCUCCAUGUAAGAGAUUUAUUACAGAUACACACAAAUGGUACGGACAACAUCUUCCUGUUCUCUAAAGAUUGCACACUCUGUGAUUUGAGAAAGCUGGAUUCAGCUUUUGACUUCUUAAACUUUUUUUUGCAUUCAAAUCAAAUGAAGCAUCAGAUAAAUCCCUUCUAACGCUCGUAACAUCUGAUUGGCUCAGCUUCUGGCUGUGAUUUGCUCCUUCUCGCUGGAUCUGUUUGGACGAGCUUUGCCUUUGGGUUACUGGAAUCGAGGUGAAUCGUAAAAACGGCCGAGCUCUCGUUGUUGUGCAAAUAUUAUGCAUAGUCCAGCAAAGCAACCGUCUGGUCUGUCCUACCUGUCAUGUACGUGUAAAGAUUGUGUGUGUGUGUGUGUGUGUGUCCAGCAUCUUCUCUUUACACACUCCAUGUCCCUCUUAACACACUUUCUGUGUGUGUGUGUUCGCUGCUUUCUUAGUUGUUUUUAAUGCAUCCAAGAGACCAUUUGACAUCCCAGUAGAGUUUCUGUGUCAGAUCUUUGUGUUGUGUAAGAUUGUGUUUUCUUUCACGCAGGCGAUCCCAUCAUUGACCUUUAAUCAGACUGUGGGGUUUAGAGAAUGUGAAUUCACAUCAUGAUUUCAAUAAAAGGGAAAGAUUGGGAUGGCGUGCAAUGGACCAUCUCUGUGAUUUCCAUGCUACAUGUUUCACUUUAAAAUGUUUCACUACCUUUCUCCUUUUUGAAUGGUAACUGAUAUAUGCUUGUGGAAUUUGUGGAUGUUUUCUCAUCAGUGUGUAUGUUGAUGAUUCUUUCCAGUACACCAGUGAGUAGAGACCGCUGCGUGUGUCUCUCCUGUGCACUUUGGAGAACUCCACAUGCCUUCGUUUUUCUACACCAUACCUUGUACAAGUGCUUUUUCGCCCCAGGCUUUCCUUGGUACGGCGCCCUCUAGUGGCGGAUGCCUGAUUUAUUUAAACGUCCGCUAGGUGGCGCCCAAAUGAAAUCUCAUCAUCUGUGAGGACGAACUGCACAGUAUUAGAUUUUUUGUUUUUCCAAUUGUAACUACAGCAGUGUAGUGCCAUUAGAAACUGUGAAUUUAUAAAUAAAACACUUUGUUGUCUUUA